CAUGUCUGUAUUUAAGAUCCUCAGCAGAGUUUAUGAAACAAGGAGCUUUCAGGUGAUGGCGAUGCUUACAGCAGAACAGGCUGGGAGUGAAGUGUCGGGAAGUUUUAGCCACAAGCACAGAGCACCAAAUUGUGUCUUUGGGUCAGCACUGUGCCUCUUGGUAAGGGCGGGUGCCCUGGUGGGAUCAUCUCUCAGAGCUGUAUGGCCUCAUCUUGAACACUCUUUGCUUUCCCCAGAAACAGGAAUUACUACAGACUACAGGGAAGUGAAACAUCCAAGUUGCCAAACCUCUUGCAAUAAUGCGGGGGCAUGUUUUAGGAAUCAGAUUCUGCAGUACACCAAGGUGAUGGAAGGCCUUCUCUUCCCAGAGGCCAGUGGUGACCCUGCUUCUAACUGCUGUGAUCUGAUGUCAGGGUACAUUCAGCAACUGGAGCUCCAAGUUGGCAAGUAGGUCUCGAGACAGCCCAGUCAGAUGACAGCAGUCACACGACAAGAAGUGCUGGGCCUUUACCGCAAGAUAUUCCGGAUAGCCAAGAAAUGGCAGUCGGCAUCGGGACGGGCGGAAGAAACUGCUGCAGAGAAGGAGUACAUUAUAAAAGAAGCCAAAACAUUGUUCCGAAAAAACAAAGAUGUGACAGAUCCAAAGCUGAUUCAGCAGUGCAUAGAAGAAUGUGAAGCAAGAAUAGAAAUUGGACUUCACUACAACAUCCCCUACCCAAGACCUAUCCAUCUGCCUCCCAUGGGUCUUACCCAGAAAAAAGGCCGUACGUUUCGACACCAAGAAAAGUUGAGGAAGAUUUCUAAGCCAAUAUACCUGAAAUCCCAUGAUGAAAUUUCAUAACCCAUCAUUUCAGAAGUGAUGCAUUGGGAUUGUAGUGCAGGUGGUUUGUGUGUACAGCUGUGAAUGAAGCUGUUCUGGUCACUUUCUCCCAUAUCACCUGAGGCCUCACCAGAAAGCCAUGGAUGUGAUGCUCACGAUGGCCAGGGCUGGGCUGGUAUUUGCUGCAGUUCAGCCACUGACCAAUCAAUAAAAGUGGCACUUGGCAAGGAGUGAGGUGUGAUACUUCAACAUCAGUACAAAUUACAACAGUUUUUCAAAUCCUCUUAAUCCAUAGAAGGAUUCUUCUGUUGUUUGGGGAUUACAUAUGCUCAGUUAUGAUUCAGGGCAAGGGUCAGCAAAAAGAAAUGUGCUGGUUUCAUAGUACCUUUAUGAUGCAGUGUAUUUUCUAAAGAGGCAGUAGCAAAGGGAUGACAGGGAUGAAAGGGAUUUCUUUUUUUGCAGACUGCUCAGCAAUAGCCCAGAGCCUUUGUGUCAGCUCCUUUCCCCCAUCCUUUAGAGAGGAGGUGGAUGUGAAAUUCCAUGUUUGGAAUUCUGCUACGGAACAAAAAGCAUAACACUCUGUGUUGGGUUCCUCUUAUUCUCAUGUAAAAACUAACUGCAGACUUUCCCCUCAGGGUAUCGCCACUGGUGAAGCUUAAGCUAGUUGUGGAAUCUCUGCCUUUUCACAUGGUGAGCCUGCCAACAAAACUAGCAUCUCAGCCUUCUCAGCAGAUACUGCAGCGUUAGGUUUUAACCUAAUAUUGCAGAUGGAAUCACAUCUUUAACAGUAAAAGAAACUUUUCAGUCUCCUAAGUUCAGAGAACACUGACCCUGGAAGUGUUCAAGGAACAUUUGGAUUUUGUGUUGAGGGAUAUGGUUUAGUGAGAACUAUUGGUGACCUUGAAGAUCUUUUCCAACCUUGGUGUUUCAUGAAUGGAAGUGAGAUGACAGCUCUUUUUCCCUGGCCACGAUUACUUUGGCUGUGUUUGAGCCCUCUGCUUCCCAGAUCUCCAGAGGCAAGUUGGCAAAGCCUUCCCUGCUUCAGACUGGGACGAGUGAUAAGGCCAAGUAGCCCACAAGAGCCACUCUGUGCUGGGAGACAUCAUGAGCACAGCCCACAGUUGCUUGAAGGACAAGAGGCAUGAGCUACAGUUGCUCCAACCAGAAGUUAGUGGUGGCAACAAAGCACAUUUGACCAAUGCAGUGUGUAUUACUUUCUAUUAAUGUGGGCAAAACUCAAUGAAAUCUCAUUUUCUCAGCUCUCCAACUCCUGAACUCUCCAAGUCCCAGCAGAAAGAAGAUGACAGAGAUAUUCUUGUCUGCCUUAAAAAUAGGUUUAAACUGAUGACAUGUGAAACAGAAUGACGGGUCCCCCCAGGGAAUGUGCUUAGAAGAAUGAAAAAUUACCAUUUCAGGCAGGUGAGAAAGUGCAAGGGAACAAGGAGGAGAGCUGGUCAGUGUGAUGGGCACUGCCCAGCCCCACUUCUGGCUACCCUUAAUAGCUCCAGCCCACAAAGGUAUAUGUUCCCAGGUUGUUAUUUCCUGGGAAUGCCUCAUGGAAGAAGAACCCUGCACUGAACAUGUAGAACUGUUGUUCUGCCUGUCCAUGUGGACUCUGCCAAUUCCUACUGCCAGGAAAACACAGAACAGAACUCCCUUCAUCUAGGAAGAGGGAGAUGAUGGAAGUCAGAGACAGUAAGAAAUAAUAUGAUUAUACACUGCUUCAUCCUUCACAAACACUGUUCUCCUGUCCUUAGUUCUGAUACAUCAGUGUAAGGAGAUAUUAGCUGAGCAAACCAAAAUCACAGAAUCAUAGAAUCACCAAGGCUGGAAAUGGUGGAGAGAGAAGGAUUUUGAAUGGAAGUUUAGGCACUUUCUUUGUCAUGAAAUUACAGCUCGAAUCUUUUUAACAAUUCGUAUGGCUAACAAAAUGUGACUCACCAGGCAAAUAAAUCGUGUAAACGAGCACUCUGAAUUUACUGUCUGUGUUACAGUCACAACUCUUUCCUGAGUGAGCAUCCAUCCCAAAAAUUGCAGACUACUUACAUCAAAUGGAAGUCACAGUAUGAGUUUAGUUCUGAGAGGAAGGAGAACCAGCCUCAAAAGUGCUGUGCUGGGGAGGUCAGAGGAGGCAGAUUUCUCAGCCAGCACUUGUAUUAACUUCCAAGGGCCAUGCAAACUGUGAAGAAAUGUUCCUAUGCAUUAAUUUCAAUUGCAGGAAGAUGCUGUCCUAAAAUGCCUCCUAGUUCCUGAGAGUCUGUGAUGCACUGGAUUCCUGCACUUCUUCAACUCCCCCUUACUCUCCUUCCAGUAAAUUCUGCCUGUUCCCUGUGCAUCACUCUACUUGGAGGGUCUGAAAGCAGUUCACUUGAUGUUAUUUCUGAAGGAAAUUUCUGAAGGAAAGCUGAGCCAGCUGUCUGGACAACUCAGGUGAACAGGUCAGCAGGGCAGGUGUGGUUUGUGGGUACGACAUCUGGCCUUGAAUAUCUGAAUGUCUUCUUUCUGGAAAUCCUCAUUCCACCAAGAGAAAGAUUACAGGUAGCCAAGGACUUAGGAAAUCAAACUGAGCACUAACGUUAGCAACAUCAGUGCAUCUCAGACAUGGCAUCCACUUACCUGGUGUGCCCCACACUCCAUUUCUAGGGGUGAAAAAACUCUCCUUACACUGUGGCAGUGAUAUGAUCUCUUCCAAGGGAAGCGUCACAGCAGUGAGAAGGAAUAAGUCAUCUGAUGUAUCCUAGUGAUGCAUGUUUGCUCCUGUAACACACUUAGAUCCUGUUUAUGGCCCCACUGCCUAUCUGUCAGAACCAAUGCCAGUAACAUUCAUCUUUUAUCCACAGACAGAAUGUCACUUACCUGAUCGUACCUGUAUGUUCAGUUUCAGAAAUACAAAUUACAAGAGGGACCUUCAAGAUCUGCACCUGUCACUAAUAUUUCUAAUUAUCCAAAUAUUCUAGCUUACAGGAGCUUGUCAGAAGAACCUGGGUCCUUUUUGCCUUCUCAUUGUAUCAUUUUCUCUUCGUAACUCAACAAGUAUAGAAUCAGAGGCAGUACUUUCUACUUCUGAAACAUCACUUUGUACAGAAAAGGUGUAAGAAAAAGUUUGGUCUCCUGAGAAAGUAUUCUGGCCCUGCCUGUUGUGCAGCAUCCCUCACUGAACUUCCCUCUGCUGUUUUUGAGGAAGGAAUGCUUUCGUUCUGUAAUGCCUGUAUACAGUAUUCCCUUAUCUGCCUGGAGUUAUUAGUAAGGCUGAGAAUUUAGAUUUUCAGAAAUUAUAGAUAUUUUUCUCUUCUGGUUUGUAAUAAGAGUUUCAAAUUGAGAAAUACUAAGCCUGCAGAGCCAGAUAUUCUGCUACUGUCAUGGAAUUUCAUGGAAUUUCAGCUGUCCACCUUUCCCAUUUUCAUAAUGGAAUUAAAGUCAGUCCAACUAA